AUGCCUUUUAGAGCCACGGGCCGCCCUGGAUCCUACCCGUUUCUACUACAGGCUUUGCACUUCCACGCCUGGGCUCCUGGUGCCAUCAGGACUGGCGUCAGUGCCAAGGGAAUCAGCUUUGAGCUACGACGAACACAAUCAAUGGAAGAAAGCAGCAUUCAAAGGCUUGGAGGAGCAUCGAAACUCUCUGGGAGUGCCAUUAUGCAGCAGAAGAUCUUCACCAACAUCGCUUACGACCCCGAGAUGACGGACCGUGGGACGGCGUGA